CUCACGUCUGGAUUUCCUUAGUGACUUUGCUGGAUACGGAAUCAAACUUCCGUUUAUUUUUGUUUAGAAGUAUGUCAAAAUUUGUAUGCAUAUAUUGCCGCAUAGACACGCUGUGAGGGCCAGUUUACAUGGAACAUUAAGAUGCUGAAGGGAGGGGGAAUCCUGACAUCAGUUGAAUCUUCUAGUGACAAAAACUUUUUAGACUCCGUGUAUGAGUUCAUAGAAAGCGAAAAGAAACACCUGUCAUGCACCGAAGCUGAUGAACAACGCUAUAUUAUCUACAGUGCUGCGUUUGAUAUGGUAAUUGAGCACACAACCGUGUAUAAAAUGGUGCUUGCUUCCAUCAAGAGGGAAUACGACCAUUUCAUUCAGGCCGUGAAAAGAAAGCACCAUGAUGCCCAGAGGGUCCAGGCAAGACUGAAAUCCACUCUCUCUGAGCCGGUCUCUCUAAUCAACCACCACAAGAGAUCUGCCCAGCUCCAGGAGAGGAUCACCGUAAUCCUGAAGGACACAUCUGAGCUGCGGACUGAAAUCAGCAGACUGAGGACUCUGCAGACUGAGAGAACAUCUCCCCAGGAGCAUGUAAGGCCUUUUUUCCAGAAUCCAGGUCUAACGGUGAAGGAGAUGAGCCAGGGGCGCCUGAACAGGUGGGAGCAGAAGCGGCCAGAGCUGCCCAGCAGCAAGGCGAGUCCGCCGAGGUCCGAGCUGGACGGCAGGAUGAGUGCAGAGACCCUGAGGGACCAGCUGCUCAGGGAGAACAAGAGACUAAGCUUUCGGAACAAACAGUUGAAGUUUAUUAAUGGCUCUCUACGGUCCUGGGAGAAAUCGAGAAGAGCGCUCCCGUUGAUGCAGUUCCUGUCCUCAGUCCUUUGGAAAACUUCAGAGCUCAAAGGUCCGGAUUCUGACACGGAAAGCAUCAUGUCAGUGCUCUGUAUAGAAGAUGGCAGUGCCUCUUGGCUGCUGAAGGAAUUCAACAGAUUCAGAGAAGGUCUGUUCUCGGGUGACGAUGAAGACAUCCUUAUCCCUGACGCCAGGUCCCCUCAAGAGCUGCCAAGGGACAUGGAGACCAUGGAGAGGAUCAGCGGUGCAUCACAGCCAGUCGAAAAUGCCAAAGGGGAAUCGGUAUUGCUCUUCAUCCAGUCUUCGAUGGCCUCAGUGCAUGCUGGGAUACGGCCGCCCAGCAAGCAGCUGUCUGUUGCGCUGGUGAAGUACGCCUUGCAGCACAGCCGCUUGGAGCUGGUCGCACACUGGGUCACACAGAAAAAGCUGACCUGCUCAGAGACUCUGGGGGAUGUGAUCUGCUCGUACCGGCAUGCCAGCCCGCGGGUAGCCGACACCUGCCUGACCCUGGCACAGCUGGUGUACAGCGCCUGCAGAGCCCGCAGGAAGGCUGCAGCCUGUCUCUGCAGCAGGGGCAUGACACACGCUGCGCUGGCGAUGGGCCAGCAGGACGGGGCAUUCUCAUUGGAUGACUACUUGUACCUUCUGAAGAGCUGCCCCAGCUUGGCCCUGGUCCAGGGCCUGACCACGGAGGGCCAUGGCCGACCGGCUGUCCUCUCCCUGGGUUUUGUCGCUGACACCCUCCUGGCCAGCGGCAGGGAGGAGCUCGCCUUCCAGCUGCUGGAGAGCAUCCGCAGCAGGGCUCCAGGUGCUGGCAAGCUGAUCUCACAGGCCAGGGGACACCCGAGGACCGGGUUGGGAAACACUGAGCUAGACCACUCAGCACCCCCUAGCCGGGGCAGGAGGCUCCACUGGGCUGGAGUCCUGCUUCAGUCCCACGGAGGGGUGACAUCAUGGAUGUGAUGCAUGAACUGCACCAUCGUGGGCACAGCUUUCAAUCUGCCACCCACACAGGCUGGCAUUGAGAGCCGUCUGAUCGAUGGACUUUGGCUUUGUGUGUCCAUGGCUCUCACCUUGCUCUUAGCAAACAGCCCCACUCAUUUCUCAAUAAUGUUAGUGGGGGGGGGGCAGCUGUGUGACCUUGGACCCCCAGAGGUUUUCUUUCUCCCCACUUGGGAGUUUUUGGUUCCUCUCCUCCGUUGUCACCUGGCUUCCUUUCUUUCAUUUCUUUGUCUUCCUUUUUCCCUGUUUUUGAAUUAUUCUGUAUAAAUGAGGCAGGAAUGUAUCACACCACACCCAUGUAAAGUGCCUUGGGGCGCCUCUGUUGUUAAUGGGGCUACAUAUGAAUAAAUUGAACUGAAUUAAACUGGGACUGAGAACUUCAUCCCAUGAGCAUCACUGAGAGCCAGUCUUCUGAACAAACCCUGAACAGGGUCCACAGGGCAAAAUAUCUGUUUGUCAAAUUAAUAUUGCAUAAAUAUAAAUGAUGUGUCCCUAGAGAAAAGCUUCCUCAGAUAAUUGUUCCUCACUGAAAAAACAAAUGACUUUCUGAGCUGCUCAGUCAGUAUGUAAACCAUGCUGACAGACAGAUGUUUGUCUACACAGAUGUAUGCAGCCCUGGAUCUGCCUUUGAAUGACUUAUUAGGUUCUUUGUUAAAAGUUGUUGUUUUGCUGUGUAGUUACAGUGUGGCUCCUGUAACAAUAUCACUUGUGCUUGUACCUGGGCAUUUAUUGGAAGCACAGCCUAAUUGCAUGGACGCCUAGCUGACUCCAUUCUGUUCAGUUGUUCUAUAGUACUUUUUAAAGUAGGAGUUUUCAAGUUCUGAGAAAUUUUCAAGUUAAUAGAUUGCGAUGUGUGAUUCUAAUAAUAAUGAACGAUAUAUAGCAUAUACAGUUUUUCCUUCCGACAAUCCAUGCAUAUUGACACAGAACACCGAUAUCUCUGUGCAUUUCGACCAAUCAGAUGGGGGUGACGCAAUGGUCCAUGUCAGCGGGGUCGUGACUUGGGCACAACUUGCAUACUUCACGAUGGAAAUAGUUUGCAGUACGACUCGGUUCUUGGUGGCAGUGGAAAAGCACCAUUUGACAGCAUGAAUGUUUGCAAUGUGCUACUUGCCUUGCUUGCACGUCGCUUUGGGACAUUACUAAAUAUGUAAAUGUAAUGUGAUGAAUGGCAGGCAUAUGGUUUGACCAGUGUGCGUAUUACGGAGCUCCAAAGCAAAUUACCUUGUUCAGGCUGCUCCCGAUAUCUCAGUGUUGGCAUCUGUGCUCUCGCUUGUUUGUUUGCUUCAGCGUAGCCAGAGCACGUCCGAGACGAUGAUUCCACAUAAAGGUUGGCGGCAAACCUCCGCAUUUCCCAGGCAAACUGGCACUACCACAUCGGGUAUAGUCAUCUCACAGUGAGCGUCUUGUCAAUAUAAACCUUUAACCUUACUUCAGACUGCAGAAUCGCAGUCACCGUUUUGCAUAAUACCGCCUGUUCACAGGAAACUGCUGCGCAAGCCUGUGGGUGAGACCCCCCCCCGUGCCAGAUGGCGAGACCUGUCCUCCUUUCAGUGCUGCAG